AGGCGGCGGUGUGGCCGGCGGGUGGGGCGGCCACAAGGUCGGCGGCAAGACUGGCCACAGCACGUUGGGCAGUACGUUUGUCUGAUUUCUUUUUAUAGUCUAAAUUGGCGGUCCCGAACUAACUCUGUCGUCGCAGCGGUGCUCGGCGUUGUGGCCGGUGCUGUGGCCGGAUCCAAGCUGCAGGACGGCGUGUCUGACUGGAAAGACAAGCGGGACGAGGAGAAAGAGCGGAGGGAGAGAGAGGAGGAGGAGAGGAGGCGGCGGGAGAAGGAAAGGGAGGAGGAAGAGCGGCGCCAUCAUCACCGUCGCCAUUCCCGCUCCCGCUCCCGCUCCCGCUCUCGUUCACGUUCCCGUUCGGCCCAUCGCCACGACUCCUACAGUCAGUCGCGCGGCAUGGGCAGCGGCGUCAGCUACGCAGGCAACUUCAGCAGCUCCUCGCAGGACAUCCGCCUCGACACCCACGGCGACUACGUGCUGUACGCGGCGUGCCGGCGCCUCGACGGCUCGUACCAGAGCUCGAGCAUCAGCCUGAACCAGAUCAUCGGGAACGACAACGGCAGCUUCCGCUGGGCCUCGUCCCGAGGACGCCACAGCAGCAGCGGCAGCGGGCCGAGGCAGGUGACGGUGCAGCCGGGCGACACGCUCCGCGCCAUCGCCGCCCAGGUCGGCACCUCGUUCGACGAGAUCGCGCGGCACAACAACAUCCAGAACCCGGACAUGAUUUACCCGGGACAGGUCCUCCAGGUCCCCGGUGGUGGUGGCGGCAGUGGUGGUGGUAGCGUCGGUAACUUUGCGGCGUCGGCGCGGGACGUGCGGCUUGCGGACGGCGGGCGGAGACUCGAGGGUGAACUGCGCCACCCGGACGGACACUGGGUUGGGAGCUCCAUCAUGCUGGACGAGAGGAUAGGCAACGACAACGGCACGCUGACGUUUGUUCAGCUGUGAUCGCUGAGUAGUAGUUCCUGGUAAUUAGAAUACCUAGGUAGCCAGCCAUACCUUAUCUUUCGCCCAAAUAAAGGAGACAUAUUUUUGGGGCA